ACUGUCUUCUUAUCCCUGCAGUUACUUUCCAGGCUGACUGAGCGGUUCGUGCAGGGAGUGGACAUGUUCUUAGAGACAUUAUGGAAAGUUUGGAUGGAGCUCUUAGAAGUCCUUGGGCUUGACGUGUCCAACCUGUCACAGUACUUCAGCCCAGCCUCCGUGUCCAACAGUCCCACCCGGGCCUUGGUGCUGGUUGGUGUGGUUCUCCUGGCCUACUGGUUCUUGUCCCUGACCUUGGGCUUCACCUUCAGCCUCCUACACCUGGUGUUUGGCCGCUUCUUCUGGCUCGUACGUGUCAUCCUGUUCUCCAUGUCCUGCGUGUAUAUCCUACAUAAGUACGAGGGCGAGCCCGAGCACGCCGUGCUGCCGCUCUGUGUCGUGGUGGCCAUCUACUUCAUGACAGGGCCCAUGGGCUACUGGCGAGGCAGUCCUGGUGGCCUUUGCAGCCCCAGUGUGGAGGAGAAGCUGGAACACCUGGAGAACCAGGUGAGGUUGCUCAAUGUCCGCCUCAACAGGGUGCUCGAGAACCUUGACCGCUCUAAGGACAAGUGAAGGUCAUCUGCCCAGCCGUCCAGCCAGCUAGUGAUGUCAAAAGACAGCAGAAGAAGAGAAGAACCGGCCACCCCACCAAAUCCCAGCCUUCCCAAUAAACUGAGCAAAAAUGCCACUCCUGGUAUUUCCCACUGCGUCCACCUUAGGAGCCACGGGAGGAGAGAGAGCUUUCAUAGACUGCCAGUGGGAAAACAGUUUUUAAACAACGUUAGCUGUGUAGUGGGAUAACUUUAUCUGUGCAUAGAACAUACAGUUGAUUUUUGUUUUUUUCUCAAACAUUUAAAUACAUUUUUUGUAAGGUUUUUAAAUAAAGGCAGAUGGAGUCAAGUUUAUCAA